AUGCACACGUUCUUGGUGGUGGGUCUGACCGCUGCGUUCUGCCUAGUAGCAACUUGGCUCUUUGCAUUACACUACACAUCCCUCCAGCGCCAUCAUGGUAACUCACUGAAUUAUCACAUCAGUUGGAAGAGCACACUACUCAAAAAUCUCAUUGGUCGGGAUCAUUCCGUGCCCGCCGCCAUGUCGGCCGACCUGUUUGCCGAGUUCAACCAGCCGGCCGCUAAGCAGACUCCGGCGGCGCAGUCACAACCAUCUCAACCACCGUCGUACCAGAGCGCAGUAAACGCCCCGGUACAAAAAGAUCCGUUCGAUUUUGGGUAUAGCGGACAUUCAUCGUCACAAUUAUCGCCUGCGCCUCAGCAAUGGUCAUCAUUUCCGUCGCAGCCGGCGGCACCGACGCAGACGCAAAAUGUCGCAGAUGAGGACGAUGGAUGGGGUGACUUUGAGGUAGCAGACUCAGAUGCUUCUCAACAGGUCUCAACAGGGCAGACGUCUCAGCAGAAGCCUGCUCAGACAAUAGAAUGGCCAAGUGCGGCGGCCGCUCAAGCGGCUGGCAUGUCUCCAGUGUCGGAUACACAUGGUGGUAAUGCAUCCUCACAAUUUUCUAUACAGGAGCAUCAACACCAAUACAUGGAGCCGCAACAGCAGCAACAGAAAAGACCGCAGCAACAGUCGUGGCAUCAACAACGGCCAUUUGCCAUGGACAUCUCAUUUUCGAGCACCAGGCAAAGCACAGCUCAGGAAUUGGAUGAUGCGAGAUCAGAACCAAGAUCCAAGCGAAAGAAUCCGGUCGCGUCGCAAGCCGUUGAUUCCGGUGUAUUGUUUGAUGCCGCCGACUUUGAGAUGGAAGAUGGCGAAUUUGAGGGCGAGAGCGACGAAGAGUUUGGUGAUUUCGAAUCGGUCAAGACAGCAGCUCCUGCAAAGAAACCGGCAGCUGCGGCACUCUCUACAGCGGCUCAACCGCCGCCGCAGUCUUCCAUGCCGUCGCUGGAUCUACUGUCGCUGGAUGACCCUACGCCGGUGCAGAAGAGUGAGCCUUCUAAGCAAAGUGCUUCAAGUGCCAGCAGCGGACUGCGAUUUGGAAUUUCAGAGCCAGCCAAACCACAAGCAAAAGGAUCCGUGAUGCAAGAUAUGGAUUUCACAAAAUUUGAGAAGCAGACAGUGCCAGCAAAUGUGCGACCAAAGGCGCGACCAAAGACGCAACCAAAAGCACAGCCAAGCAGCAAAGCUUCAAUACCAAAACAGUCAAACGCGUGGGCAGAGGUAAACGACGACGAGGAAUGGGCCGCUUGGGAUGAUGCGCCGAAUACAGGUGGCGACACCAGCACUGGCGCGACUGAUGCGGCACCGGUUUCAUCGUCAUGGGAUUGGGACUCUACUGAUGCCGCAACUGGAAACACAGCUACGUCUUCAGAUAGCACUCCGCCGCCUGUCAAUGUACCGCCUCCAUCCGUUCUCCUCUCACUCUUCCCCGAGCUAUUAAGCACCGCAAGUGCACUCUUCAAAUCGACCUCUGGACAAAGCGGCACCAUCAAGGAGCAGAUACUAUCGAACCCCAAAGCGGUGCAUUUUCUGCAAGGAUACAUUUUACUAGCGACGACGGCGGCGCGCAUCAUGGCCGGGCGCAAGCAUCGGUGGCACCGCGACAAGAUUCUGGCCAAGAGCAUGUCCAUUUCGGCGGCCGGCAGCAAGGGCAUGAAGCUGGCGGGCGUUGACAAGACGCAGGCAGCGCGCGAGGAUCGCGAAGCGGCUGACGUGGUGGCCGUGUGGAGGGAACACGUCGGGCGGCUGCGGUCAGCGGUCACGGUGGCCAACACGUCGGCCAAGGUAAACCUGAAAGUGCCUGAGCUGAGCGAGUCGCUGUCGGCACACACGGCCAAGCUGGUGGGCACAGCGCCAAAGCCGUGCGUGAUUUGUGGGCUGAAGAGGGAUGAGCGCGUCUCCAAGGUGGACUUUGAGGUGGAAGACAGCUUUGGCGAGUGGUGGGUAGAGCACUGGGGACACCGGGCGUGCAAGAAUUUUUGGAUAGAGCAUGAGAAGAAUAUACGGCAGCGGUGA